UGCCUUGGUGCGCAGGCGCCCGGGGCGCUGCCAAGUGAAGUAGCAAUGGACGCGCUUGAGUCGUUGUUGGACGAGGUGGCCCUGGAGGGGCUUGAUGGCCUGUGUCUGCCCGCGCUGUGGAGCCGCCUGGAAACCCGAGUGCCGCCCUUCCCGCUCCCUUUGGAGCCCUACACGCAGGAGUUUCUGUGGAGGGCCCUUGCCACGCACCCAGGCAUCAGCUUCUAUGAGGAGCCUCGGGAGCGACCCGACCUCCAGCUCCAGGACCGGUAUGAAGAAAUCGAUUUGGAAACUGGAAUUCUGGAGUCCAAGAGGGACCCGGUCCCUUUGGAGGAUGUCUACCCCAUUCAUAUGAUCUUAGAGAAUAAGGACGGCAUCCAGGGCUCAUGCCGGUACUUUAAGGAAAGGAAAAACAUUACCAAUGACAUCAGAACUAAGUCUUUGCAGCCCCGUUGUACGAUGGCGGAAGCCUUUGGCAGGUGGGGGAAGAAACUGAUCAUCGUUGCCUCCCAGGACAUGCGCUACAGGGCCUUGAUAGGCUUGGAGGGGGACCCUGACCUGAAACUCCCCGACUUCUCCUACUGCAUUUUGGAGCGAUUAGGCCGGUCCCGGUGGCAGGGGGAGCUCCAGCGAGAUCUCCACAGCACCGCUUUCAAGGUCGAUGCAGGCAAGCUGCACUACCACAGGAAGAUCCUGAACAAAAACGGGCUCAUCACCAUGCAGUCCCACGUGAUCCGGUUGCCCACGGGUGCCCAGCAGCAUUCCAUCCUCCUCCUGCUGAACAGGUUCCACGUGGACAGGAGGAGCAAAUACGACAUCCUCAUGGAGAAGCUUUCGGUGGUGCUGAGCGCACGGAGUAACCAAAUAGAGACACUAGGAAAGCUGCGGGAGGAACUGGGGCUGUGUGAAAGGACAUUUAAGCGUUUAUACCAGUACAUGCUGAAUGCUGGUCUGGCAAAGGUGGUGUCUCUUCCCUUACAGGAGAUUCAACCUGAAUGUGGACCUUGUAAGACAAAGAAAGGGACCGACGUCAUGGUGCGCUGCCUCAAGCUGCUGAAGGAGUUUAAACGGAAGGUUGAAGACCAGGAUGACGAUGACGAUGAGGAGGUCAUCUCCAAGGCAGUGCCUCCGGUGGACAUCGUGUACGAGCGGGACAUGCUUACACAGACCUAUGAACUCAUUGAGCGCAGAGGCACAAAAGGAAUCUCCCAGGCUGAAAUCCGAGUGGCCAUGAAUGUGGGGAAGCUGGAAGCAAGAAUGCUGUGUCGCCUUCUUCAAAGAUUCAAAGUUGUCAAGGGGUUCAUGGAAGACGAAGGGCGGCAGCGGACCACCAAGUACAUCUCCUGCGUGUUUGCAGAGGAGAGCGACCUGAGCCGGCAGUACGAGAGAGAGAAAGCCCGGAGCGAGCUGCUCACCACCGUGAGCUUGGCCUCGGUGCCAGAGGAGUCCCUGCAGCCUGAAGGAGAGGACACUUUCCUCUCCGAGUGGGACAGUGAGGAGGAGGGCGGCAGCAGCAGCAGCAGAAGGAGAGGCAAAGGUUCACAGGGGGAUGCAAAACCCUCUUCAAGCAUCAGUCUCGGGACGCAGCCUCAUCACCCCAUCCCGACCAAGGGUGGCUGGAAAGUAAACCUACACCCGUUAAAGAAGCAGCCGUCUUCCUCCUCAGGAGCCGCUGAGGACAAAGCCAGCCGGAGCUCUGUCGGUGGAGGCAGAGUCCUGGACCCCAGCAGCUCCUCGGACCCCAGCGUGUCCUUUGGGUCCCACUGUGUGGAGAAUAACAGUGGUGACAUAGCUGUGAUUGAAGAGGUCAGGCUUGAAAACCCGAAGGAGAGCAGCAGCUCCCAGAAGACUACGAGGCACCACGGCCCAGGCCCAGAAAAACCCCACAAAACUUACCGACUGCUGAAACGCAGGAAUAUGAUCAUAGAAGCCGUCACCAACCUCCGCCUGAUUGAGAGCUUAUUCACGAUUCAGAAAAUGAUCAUGGAUCAGGAGAAGCAAGAAGGCGUGUCCACCAAGUGCUGUAAGAAGUCCAUUGUCCGCCUGGUGCGGAACCUGUCCGAGGAAGGUCUCUUAAGAUUGUACCGGACCACGGUUAUCCAAGACGGCAUCAAGAAGAAGGUGGACCUGGUGGUGCACCCGUCCAUGGACCAGAAUGACCCUCUGGUGCGAAGUGCCAUCGAGCAGGUCCGCUUCCGGAUCUCCAAUUCCAGCACAGCGAACAGGGUUAAAGGGCCCCAGCCUCCAGCGCCUCAAGGGGAGGCCGAAGAAGAAAGCCAAGUGAAGGAGGACCGGAGUGGAUCAGGAGACUCACAGCCAAAUGCUUCCUCUAAACCAGAAAGUGGACGGGUGAAAAAAACUGAUGAGAAAAUGGGCAUAACCCAGCUUAAAAACUAUAACCCUGUUGUAGUUCCUGGACUUGGGCGUUCUCUAGGAUUUCUGCCCAAAAUGGCUCGCCUGCAGGUGGUCCACAUGUUUCUGUGGUACCUGAUCUAUGGGCAUCCUGCUGCCAGCAAGGUAGAGAAACUGGGCCCCAUCACUGACAGGAAAACAGGAAAGCAGGAGCCAAGCAAGACCGGAGCCCCGCCCUCCUCCGGAAAAGACCAGGAGGCCUCCUCUGAGGCCCCGCCCAAGGACAGCCAAGAUGGUGAGGUCCUGGAGGCGGAAGUGGAGCCUGCCGUAGAGACAGUGUAUGUGGACGAAGCCUUGUGGACGCGCUUUGUCCCUCCCAUCCCAGUCCACCGGGACUUUGGCAUCGGCUGGGCUCUCGUUAGCGACUGUCUCCUCUGCCUACCCCUCUCCAUCUUUGUCCAGAUUGUGCAAGUCAGCUACAAGGUGGACAACCUUGACGAGUUUCUGAAUGACCCCCUGAAGAAGCACACACUGAUUCGCUUUCUUCCCAGGCCCAUCCGGCAGCAGCUUCUGUACAAGAGGCGGUACGUGUUCUCCGUGCUGGAGAGCCUUCAGAGGCUGUGCUACAUGGGGCUGCUACAGUUUGGCCCCACAGAAAAGUUUCAGGACAAAGAUCAGGUCUUCAUUUUCUUGAAGAAGAAUGCGGCCAUCGUUGACACCACCAUCUGUGACCCACAUUACAACCUCGCCCGCAGCAGCCGGCCCUUCGAAAGGCGUCUUUAUGUCCUGGACUCAAUGCAGGAUGUGGAAAACUAUUGGUUUGAUCUGCAGUGCGUCUGCCUCAACACCCCUUUAGGUGUGGUGCGCAACCCGCGCGUCAGGAAGAGCGGCAGCCCAGACCAGGGCAGCGAUGACAAGGGCAGUCUGCAGAAGGAGCAGGAGAGUGCCAUUCACAAGCACAAUCUGGAGCGCAAGUGUGCCAUGAUGGAGUACACCACGGGCAGCCGCGAGGUCGUGGACGAGGGCUUGAUCCCUGGAGACGGUCUGGGAGCCGCUGGGCUUGAUUCCAGUUUCUAUGGACACCUAAAGCGCAACUGGAUCUGGACCAGCUAUAUCAUCAACAAGGCCAAGAAGGAGAACACUGCUUCAGAGAACGGGCUCACAGUGAGGCUGCAGCCUUUUCUGUCCAAGCGCUCGCUGCCCCUCGGUGCUGGAGACAGUGGCAGACUGAGCAUCUGGGGAGAAGCUAGAGUGGGAUCCGAGCUCCGUGUUGACAGGGGCGAGCAGUUUGAGGUUGACCAGGAGCCCAUGCUGGACAGGAACCAGAGGGUGAGAGGUGGGAAGAGCCAGAAGCGGAAACGGCUGAAGAAGGACCCUGGAAAGAAGAUCAAAAGAAAGAAAAAAGAAGAGCCCCAGGAAGAAAAAAGCAAAAGCGUGCGUUACCACGACGAGGCGGACCAGAGCGCCCUGCAGAGGAUGACCCGGCUGCGCGUCACCUGGUCCAUGCGGGAAGACGGGCUGCUCAUGCUCUGCCGAAUCGCCAGCAACAUCCUCAAUGCCAAGGUGAAUGGCCCGUUUGUCCACUGGCAAGUCGUGAGGGACAUUUUGCACGCUACCUUUGAAGAGUCUUUGGAUAAAACAUCUCAUUCGGUUGGACGAAGAGCUCGCUUCAUAGUCAAAAACCCACAAGCCUAUUUGAACUAUAAGGUGUGCCUGGCCGAGGUGUACCAAGACAAGGCCCUCGUCAGCGAUUUCAUGAGUCGGAAGUGUGACUACGAAGACCCAAAGGUUUGUGCCAGCGAGUUUAAAGAAUUCGUGGAGAAGCUUAAAGAGAAGUUUAGUUCAUCCCUAAAGAAUCCUAACCUUGAAAUCCCAGACACAAUCCAGGAGCUCUUUGCCAGAUACCGAGUCCUGGCUAUUGGAGACAAAAAAUACCAAAUCGGGAAGGAGGACGAACUUAAUAGCAUGGACGACAUCCACUUUCUGGUGCUCCAGAACCUGAUCCAGAGCACACUGGCCCUCUCGGACAGCCAGAUGAAGUCCUGCCAGUCCUUCCAGACAUUCCGCCUGUACCAGGAGUACAAGGAUGAGAUCCUCGUGAAGGCCUUCGUGGAGUGCCAGAAAAGGAGCUUGGUCAACCGGCGCCGCGUCAACCACACGCUGGGCCCGAAGAAGAACCGGGCUUUGCCCUUCGUGCCCAUGUCCUACCAGCUGUCCCAGAGCUACUACAGGAUCUUCACAUGGCGGUUUCCCAGCACCACCUGUGCAGAAUCGUUCCAGUUCUUCGACAGAAUCCGGGCUGCUGGCAAGUUGGACCAGCCGGAUAAUUUUUCCUUCAAAGACCAGGACAGUAACGACUGCUCAAGUGACCUGGUGGCAUUUUCUUUGGACGGCCCUGGAGGACACUGCGCGGCUGCCCUGACCCUCUUCUCUUUGGGCCUCGUCUCUGUGGACGUCAGAAUCCCCGAGCAGAUCGUGGUGGUGGACAGUUCGAUGGUGGAGAACGAGGUCAUUAAGAGCAUGGGGAAGGACGGAGCCUUGGAAGAGGAUGAAGAGGAAGAGGAAGAUUUAGACGAAGACCCAGGGGGCAAGCGCCAAAGCAUCGAGGUGAAAGCCCCCCAGGCCUCCCACACCAACUACCUGCUGAUGAGGGGCUACUGCGCCCCGGGCAUCGUGAGCACCCGGAACCUCAACCCCAACGACAGCAUCGUGGUGAACUCCUGCCACGUGCGGUUCUGGCUGCGCGGCAGCCCCUUGCCCACCGGGCUCGGGCCUACCGCCACUCCUCCGGAAGAGCUGACAGUGGGAACCUCCUGCCUUCCUGACUUGUUCACCAGGCUGAUAAACUACCGAGAGCACAGCUGCAGCUUGGAAGAGUUUGUCCACCAGGUGGAGCUGUCUGGGUACAAACCUGCAGACGUGUCCGCCGCUUUGGAGGUCCAGGGGGCCAUUGCGGCCGCAGGUUGCUUCGGGGUGGACAAGGUGGAGCUGAGCCGACGGUUCUCUGCCCUCGAGAGGGCAGAUGGCGAGCGCACCAGGGCCUUCGCAGACUACGUCCAGGACCUCUUGGAGCGACACCAGGUGCUGGAAGUGGGCGCCAACUCCGUUCGCCUGGUGGCCAUGGCCUCUGCCCAGCCCUGGCUCCUGCACUCGGUGCAGCUGAAAGGCAAAGAGGAGGACACUGACGCACAGAGAGAAGACCCCCAGGCCAGACCCUUGGAGGGGACCUCCAGCGAGGACAGCCCUGCCGAGAGGCAGGCACCUCCUCCUCAGGGCUCCCAGGCCAGCAAGAGGCGCGCCAGCUGGGCCAGCGCCGACCUGGCCUGUCAGGGCGGAGAGGCCAGCUCUGAGAGCACCCAGAAGCCCCCGGCAAAGAGGCCCGCGCUCCAGGACGUGCGCUUGGGUGCCAGCCCGAGAGCAGAGCAGGGGGAGGAAACCCCAGCAUUUGCCCCUCCCUCAGCUGGAGACACGGGUUCAGGGGAGCCCCUCCCAGGAGCAUGGGAAGCCAGACAGGAGGACCACGAUGGUGUCAGGGUGCCCGGCUCCCCAGGCAAAGAGCAGCAGAGCUGUCAGCCCCAGCUUCCAGAGGGCUCAGAAGACACCAGAGGUAUGGCGGAGGGCUUUGUGGCCAGCAGCCUCUCCCAGGCAGCGCGGGAUCGGGACUGUGAGAGCAUCUGCUUCAUCAGCCGCCCAUGGCGCAUCGUGGACGGCCACCUGAACACGCCAGUGUGCAAGGGCAUGAUGGAGGCCGUGCUGUACCACGUCAUGGCCAGGCCCGGCGUGCCGGAGAGUUGCCUGCUGCAGCACUACCAGGGCGUCCUGCAGCCCGUCGUCGUGCUCGAGCUGCUCCGGGGCCUGGAAUUCCUCGGCUGCAUUAAGAAGCGCUUGCUAAAAAAGCCUGCGACUAUCUCACUCUUCUCCAAACCCGUGGUGGACGAGGCAGAGAUGCCCUCCAGCCCAAGAGAGGCGUUCUACGAGCCCACACUGGACUGCACCCUCCGGCUGGGCUGCAUGUUCCCCCAUGACAUCAACUGGAACAAGUGGGUCCACUUAUGAGGCACGUGUGGCCAUCGAGACCGUCCCAUCCACACUGCUGGCUGCUGAGCACGAAGCAAGCUCCCUGGGGUGGGGCCUCCUGACUGCCCUCAUGAUGCAGCCUGUUAAUGGCAGGGUGCAGAGAGCCCUGCCCGCAGCCUGGAGCUCCAGGAAGAGGGCCACUUGCCCAUCUGCUCCUUUGCCCAGACUGGCCUGGGAACCCUGGACUUCUAGGGGAGCAGCUGCCAGGAGACUUUGGUCCCCACCUGUGCUGUUCCUCUUGUGCCAGGGCCCUGGCCGUUGCUGCAGGCACAUCUCUGCUCCCAGCACACUCCCUGCCCUCUCUGGAGCCCAGGUGGGGUGGUUUUGAGAGGCCCGAGCAAGCCUUUCUCUGUGGGCUUCUGCAGUGUGGCUGCCGUUUGGGAAGAGCGCUACUUGUCCACGCCACCAGCCUGAGUUGCCAGGUGUUGGCCGUGGGGGUCAGGAGCGCCGUCUGGGCCAUGGGGCUUACCUGUCCAUGCACACCAGAUCCCAGCACCGCUGCAGACUAUCCCUGGCUCCCCAGAAAGCCCAGGGGCCCCUGAGCAGCAGGGCCUUGUGGGGACAUGUCACAGAAUGGAGGCUGUGUGCCCUGCCACCAAGAGCCUCAGCAGAGACUUCCAUCCAGGUAGGACAUCUGACCCCUGAGGCUGGGACUGGGCCACUAGACAGGAGCCUGCCGGCUCCUUCUUAGCCUGGCAGGCCCCACGACAGGCCUCCCGCGCGCCCUCUCCUGCUGGCAAGAAGGCAGGCGUCCCUGUAGGUUUGGGAUUUGUCUUGUUCUAAACUGCUUGACUCAUUAAAAAAAAAAAAAA